CCAGGAAUUGAUGCGCUUACAAUUGGCGGGUCAUUAUGCUGCUCCACCUGUGUAGUGUUAAGAAUCUGUACCAAAACAGGUUCCUGGGCCUGGCAGCCAUGGCGUCUCCAUCUAGGAACUCACAGAAUCGGCGCCGGUGCAAAGAGCCUCUCAGAUACAGCUAUAACCCUGACCAGUUCCAUAACAUGGACAUCAGGAACAAUGCCCAUGAGACGGUCACCAUUCCUAGGUCUACCAGUGACACGGACCUUGUCACUUCAGACAGUCGUUCUACCCUGAUGGUCAGCAGCUCCUACUACUCCAUCGGGCACUCGCAGGACCUGGUGAUCUACUGGGAUAUCAAGGAGGAGGUGGAUGCAGGGGACUGGAUCGGCAUGUAUCUCAUAGAUGAGGUCUUGUCCGAAAACUUUUUGGACUACAAGAAUCGUGGCGUCAACGGCUCUCACCGUGGUCAGAUUAUCUGGAAGAUUGAUGCCAGCUCUUACUUUGUGGAGCAUGAGGUCUUGUCCGAAAACUUUUUGGACUACAAGAAUCGUGGCGUCAACGGCUCUCACCGUGGUCAGAUUAUCUGGAAGAUUGAUGCCAGCUCUUACUUUGUGGAGCCUGAAACAAAGAUCUGCUUCAAAUACUACCACGGCGUGAGCGGGGCACUACGAGCCACAACUCCCAGUGUCACAGUGAAAAACAACGCAGCUCCCAUUUUUAAAAGCAUCACCAAUGAAGAUUCAAUCCAGGGACAAGGAAGUCGGAGACUGAUAAGUUUUUCAUUGUCAGAUUUCCAGGCUUUUGGUCUGAAGAAAGGAAUGUUCUUCAAUCCAGAUCCUUAUCUGAAGAUUUCCAUCCAGCCUGGAAAACACAGCAUCUUCCCAGCUCUUCCUCAUCACGGCCAGGAGAAGAGAUCUAAGAUCAUGUGUAAUACUGUUAACCCGAUCUGGCAAGGAGAGCAAUUCAGCUUUGUCUCCCUGCCCACGGAUGUCCUGGAAAUAGAAGUUAAAGACAAAUUUGCAAAGAGCCGACCGAUCAUCAAGCGCUUCCUGGGAAAACUCUCUAUGCCAGUGCAACGCCUCUUGGAGAGACAUGCCAUAGGGGACAGGGUUGUAAGCUACACUCUGGGUCGCAGGCUUCCUACAGAUCAUGUCAGUGGCCAGCUGCAGUUCCGAUUUGAGAUAACUUCUUCCAUCCAUCCAGAUGAUGAAGAGGUCUCCAUUAGUGCAGAUCCUGAGCCAGCUGACCUCCAGGAAAGCCCUGUGAACAACCCCACGGAGGAAAGCCUCGGUGAGCCUCCAUGCAUCAACACAGUGACCUCAGAAAGUACAGCUCCAGAACAGCUAAAUGGAUACGGUGUGAACAGUGUCGAUAGCCCAGGGGCUGUCAAACCACCUGGGGAAGUCAACCAGAACAGCUUAAAUGAAGAGCUAGCAGGAGAUGGGGAGGUUGAUGCGGUGCCAGUUCCUGAGCCCUUGGAAUCCAUCCCAGGAGAAGUGCUGCCUUCUUUGAGUGCUACGGACCUCACGGAGCAGCUGGCUCUGCUGGCUUGCAUGUCUCCUCCUGAGACUGAAGUUAGGGAAAAUAACAAAGUCAAUUCUGGUACUCAGGCAGAUGGUGGAGUCUUGACCAGCGUAGAAACAUUAGAUAUUGAUGAGGUGAGUGCAGAUGCGCAUGCUGGCAAGGACCUAGAGAAGAGUCAGGAAGAAGAAGGGGCUUCAGCCCAGGAGGAGGAAGACAACAAGCUACAACUGAGGACCACAGCAAAGAGGAAAAACAGGCCGUGCUCCCUGCCCGUGUCUGAACUUGAAACGGUCAUAGCUUCAGCUUGCGGUGAGCCAGAGACCCCUCGCACGCACUACAUACGGAUCCACAACCUGCUCCACAGCCUCCCCUCGGCACAGAUGAGCAGCGAUGGGGAAGAAGAGCAAGAUGGUGGCAACGGCGGGGAGAACGAUGAGGAGUCCACAGUCAAGGAGGCGUUGGAGAAGGAGGUGGUUAGUGAGAGCGAGACAGUGGCAGCGGAGCCUCCUCUGGAAAACGAGGCUGAAGAGAACUUCAGCCAGUGCACGGUGCCUCCUGGGACCUUGGAUGAGCAACUCUCUGACUUAAAUGAUGGGCUGUUGGAUGGGGAACACCCAAGGACAGGAAGCGAGAGCGAGUCGAGCUCCAGGCCCAAUGGUGACAAUGAAUGCGAUGCGUGUGACACCUCUUGCUACAGCCCCUCUUGCUACAGCACUUCCUGCUACAGUACCUCCUGCUACAGCACUUCUUGCUACAGCACCUCCUGUUACGACAGUAACAACCGCUUCUCCAGCCAUACCCGCUUCUCCUCCGUCGACAGUGCAAAGAUUUCUGAGAGCACGGUCUUCUCCUCACAGGAUGAUGAGGAGGAGGAGAACAGUGCUUUUGAGUCAGUGCCAGAUUCAGUACAGAGCCCUGAGCUGGACAGGGAGCAAGUGGAUGGCUCCUCCCAGUGGCCAGAUGAACUAGUAGCUCAUGGUGGGAAUCCACAAAGAGCCACAGAGGGUCUAGACACCCCAAUAGCAGGUCCAAGCAGCAGAAGAGAAGGUGAUUGUCCUUUACUCCAUAAUUCUCAGCCAGUCAGCCAGCUUCCUUCUCUGAGGCCUGACCAUCAUCACUACCCAACUAUCGAUGAGCCUCUUCCACCAAAUUGGGAAGCUCGGAUAGACAGCCACGGGAGGGUCUUCUACGUUGAUCAUGUCAACAGAACCACGACGUGGCAGCGCCCCACGGCCGCAGCGACGCCAGACGGGAUCCACCGCUCUGGCUCCGUACAGCAAAUGGAGCAGCUGAACCGACGGUACCAAAAUAUCCAGCGAACUAUUGCAACAGAGCGGACUGAAGAGGAUGCUGGAGUAAACAGCAGGGUGGAGAGAGUCCCCACCGGAGGAGGCAGUGACUCCGAGGCAGAGCCUUCCCAGCCAAGCUCAGAGAUUAGGAGGGAAGGUUCCCUUUCUCCUGUGAAUUCUCAAAAAAUCACCUUGUUGCUGCAGUCUCCAGCUGUGAAGUUCAUCACCAAUCCCGAGUUCUUCACUGUGCUGCAUGCAAACUAUAGUGCCUACCGAGUCUUCACCAACAGUACCUGCUUGAAGCAUAUGAUUCUGAAGAUCCGUAGAGAUGCUCGUAACUUUGAGCGCUACCAGCACAACAGAGACCUGGUGAAUUUUAUCAAUAUGUUUGCGGAUACCCGACUGGAGCUUCCUCGUGGCUGGGAGAUCAAAACAGACCAGCAGGGCAAGUCUUUCUUCGUUGACCACAACAGCCGUGCUACCACUUUCAUAGACCCCAGGAUCCCUCUGCAGAACGGUCGUCUCCCUAAUCACCUGACCCACAGGCAACACCUCCAGCGGCUUCGGAGCUACAGCGCCGGAGAGGCCUCCGAAGUCUCUCGAAACAGAGGAGUUACUCUGUUGGCCAGGCCGGGCAAUAGUCUCGUAACAGCUAUUCGAAACCAGCACCACCACGAGGCGUUACCUCUGGCUUACAAUGACAAGAUUGUUGCAUUUUUACGCCAACCCAACAUUUUUGAGAUGCUGCAGGAGCGUCAGCCCAGCUUGGCCAGAAACCAUGCACUCAGGGAGAAGAUCCAUUACAUUCGGACAGAGGGUACACAUGGGCUUGAAAAGUUGUCCUGUGAUGCAGAUUUAGUAAUUCUGCUGAGCCUUUUUGAAGAGGAUAUUAUGUCCUACAUACCCCUGCAGGCUGCCUUCCAUCCUGGUUACAGUUUCUCUCCUCGCUGCUCACCCUGUUCCUCGCCCCAAAAUUCUCCAGGCCUGCAGCGAGCAAGUGCAAGAGCACCUUCUCCAUACAGGAGGGACUUUGAAGCCAAGCUGCGCAAUUUCUAUCGAAAACUUGAAGCCAAAGGGUAUGGGCAAGGUCCGGGUAAAAUUAAGUUAAUUAUACGACGUGACCACUUGCUGGAAGGCACCUUCAACCAGGUAAUGGCAUAUUCACGCAAGGAGCUCCAGCGGAACAAACUCUACGUCACGUUUGUUGGCGAGGAAGGGUUGGACUACAGUGGCCCUUCCCGAGAAUUCUUCUUCCUUCUGUCUCAGGAGCUCUUCAAUCCCUAUUAUGGGCUGUUUGAGUAUUCAGCCAACGACACUUACACUGUACAGAUCAGCCCCAUGUCUGCCUUCGUUGAAAAUCACCUGGAAUGUGGGCAGGAGAUCAAGAGCAACUAG